AGCCAUGGCUGUGUGGAUCCAGGCCCAGCAACUCCAGGGAGAAGCCCUUCACCAGAUGCAGGCGCUGUACGGCCAGCACUUUCCCAUCGAGGUGCGGCACUACCUGUCCCAGUGGAUCGAGAGCCAAGCCUGGGACUCAAUAGAUCUUGAUAAUCCACAGGAGAACAUUAAGGCCACCCAGCUCCUGGAGGGCCUGGUGCAGGAGCUGCAGAAGAAGGCGGAGCAUCAGGUGGGGGAAGAUGGGUUUCUGCUGAAGAUCAAGCUGGGGCACUACGCCAAGCAGCUGCAGAACACAUACAACCGCUGCCCCAUGGAGCUGGUCCGCUGCAUCCGCCACAUCUUGUACAACGAACAGAGGCUGGUUCAAGAAGCCAACAAUGGCAGCUCUCCAUCCGGAAACCUGGCCGACGCCAUGUCCCAGAAGCACCUUCAGAUCAACCAGACGUUCGAGGAGCUGCGGCUGGUCACGCAGGACACGGAGAAUGAGCUGAAGAAGUUGCAGCAGACCCAGGAGUACUUCAUCAUCCAGUACCAGGAGAGCCUGAGGAUCCAAGCUCAGUUGGCCCAGCUGGGCCAGCUGAGCCCCCAGGAGCGCCUGAGUCGGGAACCAGCCCUCCAGCAGAAGCAGGUAGCCCUGGAGGCCUGGCUGCAGCGCGAGGCCCAGACGCUGCAGCAGUACCGCGUGGAGCUGGCAGAGAAGCACCAGAAGACCUUGCAACUGCUGCGAAAGCAGCAGACCAUCAUCCUGGACGAUGAGCUGAUCCAGUGGAAGCGGCGGCAGCAACUGGCAGGGAAUGGCGGGCCCCCCGAGGGCAGCCUGGACGUGCUUCAGUCCUGGUGCGAGAAGCUGGCCGAGAUCAUCUGGCAGAACCGGCAGCAGAUCCGCAGGGCCGAGCACCUGUGCCAGCAGCUGCCCAUCCCCGGUCCCGUGGAGGAGAUGCUGGCUGAGGUCAACGCCACCAUCACAGACAUCAUUUCUGCCCUGGUGACCAGCACGUUCAUCAUCGAGAAGCAGCCCCCUCAGGUCCUGAAGACCCAGACCAAGUUUGCGGCCACCGUGCGCCUUCUGGUGGGCGGGAAGCUGAACGUGCACAUGAACCCCCCGCAGGUGAAGGCCACCAUCAUCAGCGAGCAGCAGGCCAAGUCCCUGCUCAAGAACGAGAACACCCGCAACGAGUGCAGUGGUGAGAUUCUGAACAACUGCUGCGUGAUGGAGUAUCACCAGGCCACCGGCACCCUCAGCGCCCACUUCAGGAACAUGUCCCUAAAACGAAUCAAGAGGUCUGACCGUCGUGGGGCAGAGUCAGUGACAGAAGAAAAGUUUACAAUCCUGUUUGAGUCACAGUUCAGUGUUGGUGGAAAUGAGCUGGUUUUUCAAGUCAAGACCCUGUCCCUGCCUGUGGUGGUGAUUGUUCAUGGCAGCCAGGACAACAACGCAACAGCUACUGUUCUCUGGGACAACGCUUUCGCAGAGCCUGGCAGGGUGCCAUUUGCCGUGCCUGACAAAGUGCUGUGGCCGCAGCUGUGCGAAGCGCUCAACAUGAAGUUCAAGGCCGAAGUGCAGAGCAACCGCGGCCUGACCAAGGAGAACCUCGUGUUCCUGGCGCAGAAGCUGUUCAACAACAACAGCGGCCACCUGGAGGACUACAGCGGCAUGUCCGUGUCCUGGGCCCAGUUCAACAGGGAGAAUUUGCUGGGACGGAACUACACGUUCUGGCAGUGGUUUGACGGGGUGAUGGAGGUGUUGAAGAAGCAUCUCAAGCCUCACUGGAACGAUGGGGCCAUCCUGGGUUUCGUGAACAAGCAACAGGCCCAUGACCUGCUCAUCAAUAAGCCGGAUGGGACCUUCCUGCUGAGAUUCAGCGACUCGGAAAUUGGCGGCAUCACCAUUGCUUGGAAGUUUGAUUCUCAGGAGAGAAUGUUCUGGAAUCUGAUGCCUUUUACCACCAGAGACUUCUCCAUCCGGUCCCUGGCCGACCGCCUGGGGGACCUGGACUAUCUUAUCUAUGUGUUUCCUGACCGGCCAAAAGACGAAGUUUACUCCAAAUACUACACCCCCGUCCCCUGCGAGCCUGCCACUGCCAAAGCAGUCGACGGAUACGUAAAGCCACAGAUCAAGCAAGUGGUCCCUGAGUUUGUGAGCGCAUCUGCAGACGCUGGGGCCAGCGCCACGUACAUGGACCAGGCCCCCUCCCCGGCCAUGUGCCCCCAGGCUCACUAUAACAUGUACCCCCAGAACCCCGACUCCGUCCUUGACACCGACGGGGACUUUGACCUGGAAGACACGAUGGACGUGGCACGCCGGGUGGAGGAGCUGCUGUGCCGGCCCAUGGACAGCCAGUGGAUCCCACACGCACAGUCGUGACCCCGCAGCCUCCCUGACGCCAGCUUUCUCGUCCUCGCCCGAGGAAUCACUCUUGUGGAUGUUCUAAUUCCAUGAAUCGCUUCUCUUUGGAAACAAUGCUCAUAAUGUGAAGUGUCCAUACUAGUUGUGACUUUAGUGUUUCUGUGCACAGUGGCACCAUGAAGGGAGUGUGUGUGAGAGUGUGUGUGUGUGUGUGUGUGUGUGCGUGUGCGCGUGCGCGUGCACACGCUGUGGUGUGUCUCCCCUGUGCUGUCCGGAGUCAGCUGCCACGCAGGGGCCACAAGCAGAGGCAACGCUUGAUUUCACUUUGUGUAGAAGGGUAGUGUAUCCUGUGACUGGCACUUGGUCGUGUAUCUUGGGAGUGACUGGACUUUGACACGUGGCUGUCCAAGUAAGAGGAGGACGGGCGUGGGUGGGACAAUACCAUCGCUCUAGUGAGCCUACUAGAGUCAUUCUGCCUACUAGGCGAUUGACACCUAGCCGUGAUCGUCUCUGCUUUUCUUCUGAGACAUAGACAGCUGCCUUGUGACAAAGCCCGUCCUCCUUCUCCCUCUGCCCAGCCUGUGUUCCCAGGUAGGACUGGGCACACGCAGACUGUGGGGGCCAGGGAGGUCACAGGCUCUCGGAUGGGGGACUUUCUACAACACACUCAGCCCACCUUGCUAUUCUCUCUGUUCCCCCUCUCCCACCCGGCCCCGCCAGGGACUGCUGCUUGGUACCACGUAUGUGCACAAAGUUGAGGGGGAAAAAGAGGGUCAUGUGACCGAGAGCAUGUUUGGUCAGCAUGGGGUGCCCAGCCUGACCCCCGGUGCUGAGACUGUGCCCAGUUCCCCAGGGGAGCUGCUGUCUUGGCCUCUGUUCCUCUCUCUGAGUUGGCAGACAGGCUUGAGGCUCUCCCAAGGCUCCUCUAUGAUGGCUUUUUGCAAAUGCUGAAUGGUGUUUUUGUUUCUAAAUUGGCGCUUUUUCGUUUUUUCCCUUCCCACCUUAAUCUGACAUCAAAACUCUCCCUUCCUGGUUCGGGUCCCUCACACCCAAAGCACCUGGUGUGCCCACGCUGCUCACACGCAACGUCUUGAGGAGGAGACAGGAGUGUGGUGACCUGGUCCAGCCUGCUAGGCCAGAGGCCACCUGCUGUGGCAUGCUGGGCGGCAGGCACUGAUCCUCUGGGGGAAGGCAGUCAGCAGGUCUGCCAGGAAGUUUGGUUAACUAUAAGAAGAAGACACGGACCCAUCUGCUUAAUUGUCCCACGGUUUCUGUGGCUUUGCACCAGAGGAGGGAGUGGGCUGUGGCAGGCAGCAGGGAAAGGAAUGAGUGGUAGAGCUUGUGAGGCCUCCCAGGCCACCCAGCCCCUCCAGAACAAGGGCGUGGCCAUACCCAGGAGAGGAUGGCCCUAAAACCUUAUUUUUAUACAUGUGGGUAAAUAAACAGAUAUUUUUUUUACAAAAACAGCUUCUGAAUUGACCAGUGUUUUGCUGUUAAAGGAAACUGUUCCUUGUAGUAAAUUAUUUAUUGGAAGAUGACUUUUUAAACGCUGCUGUUUGCCUUGGCUUGGUUUCAUACACUGAUUUAUUUUUCUAUGCCAGGCAGUAGAAUCUUUCUGCCUCUGAGGAGCAGGCUGGCCCCUCCAUGAGUACCAGCAUCAAAGCAGGAUGCUGCCAGGCCCCGCCUGACCCCUCAAGAUUUGAGGAAAAUCUUGGCUGUGGAUGGGUGCGCUAGGGAUGGGUGAGAGAAAGUCUGACUCGGCCGCCCCGGGCCCCGGCCUGGAGAGCCCUUCCCCGCCCAUCACUCAGAGCUGCUGACCAGCACCUGCCUCUGAGACCACCCUCUCUGUUCCAGCAGCCCUGGUCAGGGGGCUGGGAGGGGUCAGCCUGGCAGUCCCGAGCUGCCCUGCGCUCACUUUGCAGCUGGCGUCAGGUUAGGGGGCAGAGGCCCAGAGAGCAUGACUUCCCUGAGCGCAGGGGUCCUGGUGGCUGAACUGUCCUUGGUUUCAUGAGGCUCUGCCUAGGGCUGGGGAGACUUCCGCGGAAAAGCGUGCGCACUCACUCUGCACCCUUUGUCCUCUCUCUUCCCUGUUCCUGCAAACCCCAAGAAGAGGCAGGGGCACCUACUGACGCCCUCCACUUCCCACCUACUCCCAGACAUACACACGUCCUCAGAUGUCUCGAUGCCGUGUGUGGCAUGUGCGGGGUUUUGUAGGGGGUAGAGGGAGACUUGAGACAAAGCUAACUUAAAAAGAAAGUAUACUUUUUAUAAUUUUUCUUUUUAAAACUUUGUGAAAUUACUUCAUACAUAUUUUAGUGUCAAGGCAGAUUAGUUACAUAGCCACCCAAAAAGUAUUGUGUACAAUUUGGGGCAAUCACAGAAUUGUGUAUUUUAUGUUACAAUAAAGACGUCCUCUGAAGGGGC